CUUUAAUGUAUUAAUAUGUAUUUAUGUGUUUUUGAAAACAGACUUUACAAACUACGUAACAAGCAGAGGAUCUCAGUAUCUGCAGCCUCCAAACUCCUGUCCAACAUGAUGCUGGGAUACAGAGGCAUGGGCCUGUCUAUGGGGAGUAUGAUCUGUGGCUGGGACAAGCAGGGUCCAGGCCUGUACUACGUGGAUGAUAAUGGCACACGUCUCUCUGGCCGGAUGUUUUCCACUGGUUGUGGGAACAGCUAUGCGUAUGGUGUCGUGGACAGCGGUUAUCGUGAGGAUAUGACUGUGGAGGAGGCAUAUGAGCUGGGUCGUCGUGGAAUCGCUCAUGCCACACACAGAGAUGCUUACUCUGGUGGUGUGGUCAACCUUUACCACAUGCAGGAGGAUGGCUGGAUCAAGGUGUGUAAGGAGGAUGUGUCAGAGUUAAUCCACCACUAUAAGAAGGGAAUGUUCUGAUCACAUCUGAUGCCUCAUUUAUGCAAAACUCACUGUUUAAUUACUGUAUCUGAUACAGAAAAAAAUAAAACUGCUCUCAAAUCAAA